AUGCACCACUAUUGCCCAGCUUGGCAUCAGCGCUCUUACAGAGAGAUUAGAGAGCUCCAGCUCCCUCCAGAUGAGACAGAGACAAGGUUGUUAUUAGAUCUUCCCUUGGACUUCCAGCUUCCAGGACUCCCUGCAGCCCAGCAGCAGCCCUGCAAACCAGCAGCCCUGCAGCCCAGCAGCCCUGCAGCCCAGCAGCCCAGCAGCAGCCCUGCAAACCAGCAGCCCAGCAGCCCUGCAACCCAGCACCCCAGCAGCCCAGCAGCAGCCCUGCAAACCAGCAGCCCUGCAGCCCUGCAGCCCAGCAGCCCUGCAACCCAGCAGCCCUGCAGCCCAGCAGCCCUGCAACCCAGUAGCCCUGCAGCCCAGCAGCCCUGCAACCCAGCAGCCCUGCAGCCCAGCAGCCCCGCAACCCAGCAGCCCAGCAGCCCUGCAGCCCAGCAGCUGUAUUCAUAA